AUGGGAACAAAUACAUCCAGUUUGCGGCAUACGGAAGAUUGUACGCUCUCGAAUCGGACAGCUGUCCCUCGAUUGUCUGGAAGAUCACAUCGGUCUUUGCCGACUGAAAAUCGCCACGACCACCUUUUUGACGUUGUAAUUCAACUCAAACACGAAGACAAGGAUAUUUAUUCAUGUUUCUUUCCCAGCGAUGAUGACAGUGUUCUUUUAACUGCCUCUAAAGUAGAACAAACGUCGUUUUUACAAAGAAAUCGGGAAUUUUCGUCGAUAAGAUUGUGGGACCUUCAUCGACGACAAAUCAACACUGGCUUUUUGGCGGACUUUCCUCACUCCGUGAAAUCCUGUGAUUUUUCACCUGAUGGACAGUUGGUCGUGUGUAUUUUUAACGAAGAUUCGCUCGCUUUAGUGCGAAUGCGAUCGUGGAAAACAACCAGCGCCGAAGUUGUUCACAUGCGAAGAUUUUGGCGAAAGAGAAGAGGGGUUUUAAUGUGUUGUUCCUUUUCACCAGAUGGUCGUUCUCUUGUCGUGGCAUCUAAAUUAACCGGUGAUUUAAAUCAUAUCUGCAUUAUUGACAUUGCUUCCAAAAAAAUGGUGAGGAAGAUGAAAUCGACAACGAAUUCUAGUUCGAAAAUUCGCGGGCACGCUCGCUCAUGCGUCUUUUCACCCGAUGGCUUGUUCUUGGCCGUGUCGUGUUCGUCCGGUCAACUGAUUGUUUUCGACACUCAAGACUUUCACAUUCAUAGUAGCCUCGACUUGGACACCACAAACUCGUCCACGUGCUUGUGUAUUCCAUUUCGUCACGCAAGUCGCAGAUCACUCAGUUCGCAAAUGCACUGCUGGUAUCUCUUUGAUCCCCGUUACGGUCACAAAUACCUUACGUCAUGCCUAGAAGAUGGCACCAUUCAGACAUGGUCACUAAAUUCAGACGAACCUGGCCUUACAUGUAUUCAGUUUGCUUAUGCAUUGCAGACACCCUGGCAGAAGAUCCGAUCUGCAGCUUUCUCGCCUGACGGCACAAUGCUUGCAGUCGGCACAUCUGACUCCAAAGUGUUAGCACUGAAUUCAGAAAGUUUGCAUGUUUUGUUUGUACUUAAUGCACAUCUUCAGCCAGAUGGCUUAAGAACAUGGUACCAGAACACCGAGGUGUCCUGCCUGGCCUUCACACGCACCUGCCAGCAGCUUGCUGCUGGCUACAAGGAUGGUCGGGUUAGAGUUUGGCAGUUGCCAUUAAUUUUAAACCUACAACAUAUGUGUAGAUUGGUAAUCAUUAAUCAUGUUCCAGCACGAGAAAUUCCUCAACUUCCUCUCCCCGCACAUUUGGUCAGGUACCUUUUGUUUUCCCCUCUUAAACAAUUCUAA